AUGGCUGCCAAUUCUGUUGUCCUCAUUCUGGGAGCUGGGCCGAGAGUCGGCACUUCCGUCGCUACGGCUUUUGCCAGAGAUAGCUACCUUGUAGCUAUAGCGUCCAGGAGUGGCACAGGUGGGAAGACCCCUGAGGGAUUUCUCUCCCUCAAGGCUGAUCUAGCCGAGCCGGAGUCCAUCCCUGGUCUGUUUGAUUCAGUGAAGAAGGAAUUCAACACUGCUCCAAAUGUUGUGGUGUACAAUGGGGCAGCACUCACACCUCCUCCCAAGGAGGACUCCCUACUUUCGGUACCUCACGAAGCUCUUGCUUCGGAUUUGAAUACCAACACUGUUAGCCCUUAUGUUGCUGCGCAAGAGGCCAUCAAGGGCUGGGAAACACUGCCCAAGGAGGUCAAGAAAGCUUUCAUCUAUACCGGCAACAAAUCAAACGUUUCUCUGAUGCCAAUUCCUAUCACGAUGACUCUUGGGGUUGGCAAAUCCGCUUCAGCAUACUGGAUUGGUCUCGCUGACUCUAUGUACUCGGCCCAAGGGUACCGGUUCUUCUAUGCCGAUCAACGGAAUGAAGACGGUAGUCCUGCUGGCUUUGGGCUGGAUGGUCCUGCACAUGGCGAGUUCUAUACUCAAUUGGCCAAGGACGAGAAUGUGCCGUGGCAUGCCACCUUUGUGAAAGGCCAGGGAUAUGUUGAGUUCAAAUAA